CUUUCAGGAAGGUUGCUAUAAACACAAUUCUUUUAUGUUGCAGCUUGGUGAACUUCCUCCUCUUGUAGAAGAGCCGAAGAAUGUAGUCAAAACUAACUGUGAACUUUUUGAGAAGCUUGGCGAGUAUGGAUUCCAAAAUGCGCUCCUAAUUCGUUACACUCAGAAAGCACCUCAGGUGUCGACUCCAAUUCUUGUGGAAGCUGCAAGAAACCUAGGGAAGGUGGGCAGCAAGUGCUGCAUGCUUCCUGAAGCAAAGAGACUGCCCUGUGUGGAAGAUUAUCUGACAGAGAUCCUGAACUGGGUAUGUGUGCUGCAUGAGAAGACUCCAGUGAGUGAUCAGGUCACUAAGUGUUGUAAUGGAUCUGUGGUAGAAAGGCGACCAUGCUUCUCUGCUCUGCCAGUAGAUGAAACAUAUGUCCCCAAAGAAUUUAAAGCUGAGACCUUCACCUUCAAUGCUGGUAUCUGCACACUUUCCAAGAAGGAGAAACAGAUAAAGAAACAAAUGGCACUUGCUCAGCUGGUGAAACACAAACCCAAGGCUACAGAUGAGCAGUUGAAGACCGUGAUGGGCGAUUUUGCAGCUUUCUUGGAUAAGUGCUGCAAGGCUGACGACAAGGAGGCCUGCUUCUCUGAAGAGGGCCCAAAACUUGUUGCUGCAAGCCAAGCAGCCUUAGCCUAAACACAUCACAAUCACAAGCAUCUCAGUAUACUGCGAGAAAAGGAGAGACAAAGACUCAAGCCUUACUCAUCUUUUCUUUUGGUGUGAAAUCAACACACUAAGGAACACAAAUUUCUUUAAAUAUUUGACUUCUUUUCUCUGUACUGCAAUUAAUAAAAAAAAUAACUCUGUA